UGGCACACUAAUAAAAAAUGAUGAAAGUUGUGAUGGUUCAGUUCCUUGGAUGUCUCCAGAAGUUUUAGAAUGUAAUGGUGUUACAACAAUGAUAGAUGUUUGGUCAUUUGCAAAUUUUUUGUGGGAAGUGCUUUCAAGAAAAAUACCUUACAAAAAUCAAGGAAUUUAUACUAUUCGGAAUUUUAUGAAAAAUGAUUUGCCUCUUCCUUUACCUGAUGAUUUACCUUUGGAAAUGAGAAAAAUAUUUGAAAGUUGCUGGAAAAAAAUCCCAAUUGAACGUUCACCAAUUAAAGAUGUUAUUGAAAUGUUGGAUGUUGCUGAAUUAAAUAUUGAUAGUAAUUAUAAAUGGAUAUUACCAAAAGAACAACCUGAAGAAACCUUUAAAAACAGUCAAAUAUUAAAUGAUCAAUCAGAAGAAAUGUUAAAUUGUUUACAAAUUAAUUCUUCAGGAGAAUCUUUUAAAAUUCCAAUUUAUGAAGCUAUAAUGCUUAUACAAAGAUAUGGAACAAUAUUACCAAAAGAAUUGGAUGAAAUGAAAAAAUUGGGAAUUGAAUUACAUCCACCAACACCUGCAAAACGUUUAAAAAAAUCAUCAAAAUUAAAUAAAGAAAGUAUUGGACCUCCAAUAAAUUUUCGCCAUAAUGUUUCUGCAAGAGUUAGAAGUUCCAGUUCUGAUGAUAAAUCAUUUUCUGAUGAAAAAAUUCUUGUUAUACAUCGUUUAAAAAAAGAUCAGGAUCGUCAUCGUUCUCAUGAUUCUUUAGUGGAUCAAAACAUUGAAGAUAAUAAAGAAGAUAGUUUGUCAACAAUUCAUUCAAUGCUAAAAUCGCAACAACAGCAACAACGAGGGGUUUAUUUUUAA